AUGGAGACGGCCUCGCCCAGCCUAUGUCGAGCUGGAAAAGGAGACGGUUGUUCGAACAAUCAAAUUCUCUUAGCCGCCCGGCUCUUAAAAAUGCAACAUUUCCGUCCUGUAUCAAGUUCAGUGCGAUUUACCCCUACGGCUGACCGAUUCCGCGUCAUUUCUGUGCUUUAUAGGCCUUUGCGACGCCCCAUGUCAACCCCUAGAGCCCAAAUGUCCACUUCGACUAUACCCACACCCCGCCCAUCGGCUAGUUUGGUGGUCGUCAAUAACCGAAACGAGAUCCUGCUCGUGCACAGGAACCCAAAAGCUAGUUCUUUUGGAGGAAUGCAUGUUUUUCCUGGAGGGAAUCUCGAUACAAAGCAAGAUCAUUCUAUUGCCAUUACUGCGAUUCGGGAAACAUUCGAAGAGUCUGGUCUGUUGCUGGCGUCGUCGACCUCUUCAGCUCCUCUGCCGUCCGACGCGGUAUUGGAUGAGGCCCGACAUGCCAUUCACCAGCAGAACCUGGAGUUCCAGACCUUCCUUCAAAACAACGGGCUUAAGGCGGAUGUUGAUGCUCUGUUGCCUUUUACUCAAUGGAUAACUCCAGUAGGUCCGCCAAAGCGGUUCCACACGCAGUUUUUCGUGGCGUUCCUUCCGGGAGUACCAUCGUCCGGUUUUUCAUCUGGAGCCAAGCAGGAACGUGUCCCUAAGCAUGAUGGAGGACAGGAAGUGAUUGAGGCACGUUUCGUGCAUCCCCAGCAGGCGUUGGACGAGUGUCGUGAACGGAAGAUCAGUCUCAUGCCGCCACAGUACUACAUCCUAUCAACACUGGCAGACGUCUUGGGCGGCUCUUCCAAUACACCGGAUCAGCGCAGGAAGGUCGAGGCCCUCUCUCGGGGUGCCUUUGGACAUAUGGUCAUCAACCCUCGGCGGCUUGCUGAGGACGAGAAUGGACGAACAAUCCUGACGUACGAAGGAGACGAGACCCGGGGAGGGUCGAAAGGUCGGCUUCAUCGGGCACACGCUAUGCUUAAGGGCGGGGCCUCAAGUGACAUCACUUUGAUUCGCAACUUCGAUAUCUUCACCGAGAUUGAGCCCCAGGCUUUUUCGCCACCCUCGAAACUCUGA